AGCCGGUUCGUGUCAGUGUUUCGCGCGCGCGACCUCAGCAGCCAGAUCGCUCGUUUCUUCGCCGCGGUGGCUCGCGUCGGGUCGCGUCGAUACGUCGCCCGUAGUCAAGUGUUUCCGCCUCGUCCGCCUGUCAGGGGAAGACGGUCACCGGGUCGAGCCGCACGUAAAGCCCUCGGCACGUGACGACCGAAGUUAGCCGCGAAAACGGUGGCCGCGUUCGCGAACGAUCGGCGCGAGAAUUCUGCCGGUCCUGCGCCGGAUAAGGAGGUCGCGAGUGUCGAUCCAUCGAUCUAUCGAGUGCCGGGCCCAGUGGUGGCGUAGCGAAUUACUCUGGCGCCAAAUAACGCGGAACAGUGGACGAUCAUGGUGUGACUCGUGUGACAAGUAAGGUCUUUUCGGAAAGAUCGACGAGGUUGACCGGUGGUUGUUGUGUGGUGAUUGGUUUUGGUGGUGGUGGUGGUUGAUACGCUCCUGGGAGUCGGAAGCCCGUCGGUACCUGGGCCUCGUUUACAUCGGUUUACUCAUGCUGGGAGUUUUGAAGCGGCGCUGGAAGCCAUCGAAAAGGGCUUCCAGCGUCCGCGGACCCGAUUCGCCCCUGAGCUCGGAUCUGGCGCUUGAUAAGCCUCGCCCCAUACCAUCACCCAGACAAAUUCACCCCCUGUACGGCGAGAAAGCGGGGCUGCUGGGCUACUGCGACCCGGUCGGUAACGCGGAAAAUUUCCCGCCAGCCCCUAACAUCGUCGUCGAGGGCGGUCGAAUCGAGUUCGUGCGCCCCUCGCAAGAUGGCACCACCACACCCCGUAGGAACACCAUGUCCAGAGGAUCGCAGACCUUCAACGAGGAGUCCGAGAAGUCUGAUCCGGCGAAGGAAAGCCUGGAGGAACGGGUACAGGAACUGGAACAAGCAUUACAAGCGGAACGACUCGCUGCGCAACGAGAUCGAGCAACGAUCACGAAACUUCAACGACAGAUCAAUAAGCGAGAGGCUACGCAACGAGAUGUGGAACGCGAACGACGACAACGAAUGGAAGCCGAAGCUCGUGUUCGCGAGGCUACGGCUGAAGCCGAGAGAGCACGCUCCAGAGUUCAUCACCUUCAAAGGGAACUGGCCAGGAUGGAGGAGUCGUCUCGGGGGUUGCUGCAACACAAGCACAGGGCCGAACAGCUGAAGCAAGAGAAGACUACGCUCACGCUUUCUUACGAGGCACGCGUGCAUCAGUACCAAGCCCAGAUCUCGAAGCUGCAGCUAGAGAACGAGUCGAUGAGGGGUCAGCUGCGCGGCUUGGAGGCUGCAUGUGCUGGUGAAGUGCAUGCCGCGCUGGUUGCACGUCUGGCGACCUUGGAAACCGAGCACGCCGCAUUGGCACGGGACGCCGACGCUCAGCGUCGCCAGUACGAGCGGUGCCUGGACGACGUCGCCAACCAGGUGGUCCGCGCCCUUCUAUCCCAAAAGGGUCUCAGGGAGGAGAUCGGCGCGCUGCAGAGGCGCAUCCGGGAGCUCGAGGCUCAAAAUCGAGCGCUCUCCGGGCUGCUGGCACAGGCCGCGACACCUGGAACACCGUCAGAACUGAUACAGGGGAUCCUGGAGGCUGGACCGGCUGCUGUGGUAGCUGCCCUCGGCUUGGACCCCGCCUGGGUCCCUUUGGCCAGGCCCAGGUCACUCAAUCUCCAGAUUCCAGUCAUGGCGGCCACCAAGUGCCGAAGGAACAGACCACUGGCUCAAAAACCGUCGGAAGAGGAAGGUAGCGAGAGUCCGGAGAGCGGAAACAGGGACGAGGGUUACUCGACGAUGUCCAGCGACGUGCAGGGGGAGGGUGCCCGGCAAGAGCCUUCCCGGGGGUUGGAGGACCUUAAGGAAGCGACCGACGAGACCGAGGCGGAUGUUUCUCCAGAUGCACGGCUGGUCACCUUAGACGCCGGUGAUCCGGAUGUCCUCUUCCUACCGCUGAACCUCACCGUGGGGAUCAACCCUCGCCAUAGCUACCCGCCGACCAAAGAUCUGCUACCGUAUCAGCACGUGAUGCGCAGCUUUUCCGACAGUCAUCUGUGCCUGAAGCUGACCGCCACGACCAACUUCACGCCGUACAAGCUGCCCAGCCCUAUGGGCUCGUCGUCCCUUCUCUUGGUCGAGGAGGAGGGCUGGGAUGCCGAGUACGUGCAACAAUGGCUCAGGUUGGACGACAGUAGGAGUGCUCAACAACAUCGGGAUCUCCUCGAGUUGGAAUACGACAGAGCGGAACUGGAAGAUUGGAGUUUCUCGUUGUCCACCGAGGACCUUGUUCAAAAUGAAUCCAUGGUAUGGAAGGAGCCCGCCGCCGCCACCACCACCCCCGCCCUCCCUGCAAUCAAGGAGCAUAAUCCCCUGGAAUUGGAAGAGGACGCGAACGAAUGCUUAUGGAAUGGCGCCAGUUACCUUGCUGAUAGAACCGGUGGAGAAUUGGUCGCGCUCUUAAUGGACGCAAGAACGACCGGAUCGUGGCCAUACGCCACGAGUCCCGGAGCUUCUUGGAGCAGCGAGGACGGUGCGCUGGAGAAUUCGAGCAAGAGAUCGUCCGCGGCGUUAUCCGGCUGCAGCGACGACCCAGAAUCGCCAUCGAUCGGCACCGACUUCACCAGAGACUUCUACAGGCUGGUGAAGUUCGAGAGCACAAAGAGCUUGGCCAGCACGUCGUCGAGAAGCGGAAGACCGCCGCCAGACCGGGAGCAAGCCCUGCAGAGCGUUUUGUCCUUCAUCGCUGAACAACAGAUGUAUCUAGCCGAGCUGCCUAGCAACCUUCUGGAGCAGAACAACGCGUCUUUGACGACCGAAGUCCUCGACGAGGCUAGAAGCAAGGAGGACUGUGGAGCGGACACGGCGUACACCGACGUCGAGACAACCGUCGAUCAUGAGAACAGUCGCCGUGAGAAUGCCGUCGAGGCGAGCAGCAACGACGAUCUGCUGGAUCAGAUACCUGUGCCGUCAUUGGCACCCGAGGAGAGAAUAAUCAGUGCAGUGGCUUGCAACGGGGGCGUCUCUUACACCACGGUGGCGCCAUCAGAACUGGGAGCCGUUCCCGAAGAAGACGAGGAGGCGGCCACUUCCUCUACACCUAGCACGGUUGUCAGUCCAGCGAGAGCACCCCUAUUGAUCGAGGGCAGGAAUCGAUCACUGAGCUUCCACGAACGCGCCACGUCGAAGGACGUGAUAGACGAACUGAAUCGAAUGAUCAGGAAGGGCGAGGAGACCCUAAUGCAAGAUACCCAGGUGCCGCUCGAGAAAUUGGACCUCGCUUGCUGCUGUCCAACUGGAUGGGUUCACGUUGAACGAGACAUUGACUUCACCGACCCAAAAGCAAGAGCCAAUCUUUUAGACGUGAUGCUAGCAAGCAGCGAAAGUUCAUCGGCGGCAUCGAGCAGCGGAUCAGCCGGAAGUGACUCGGGGGAUGAACCACCGGAUUACCGUCACUUGCACAGACUCCACCGACACCGACGUCAGAAAAAAGCAUCGGCGGCCCAGGCACACCGUGUGCUGCGACUGCCGUCAACCUGGGGCUCGUCCAGGCCGUCGAUCAUCGGUCGGGGCGACGACUUCUUCGUCAGAUACGGGGACAAGGAACGCGAAGCUGUGGCCUCCUUCGACUUCCUCGACGAGUUCGUGGUGCCGUCGUCGACCGGCUCCAACGCCAGUCUCAUCGAGCUGGACGAGACGCCGUCCGCCGAGAUUCACGCCGACAUCGUGAAGCUGUCGCCGAUCUCCGAGCAGCUGCGAGGCAAAACUCUCCACUGAAGCCGCGCGACCCGCGGGGAUCCUCUCCGGCGAUAGGCAAACUGGUUCAAUGAUUCACGAUUUACGAAAUUCCUUGUUCGGCUCGCUUGCCGCCACGCCUUUUCUUUGUCCCAAAAUUAUGGCACGGAGAGGUUCGCGAGGUUAUUUCAAGCAACUUUUUCCUCAGCGAAAAUGCGAUC